AACUUUUUAAAAAUUAGAUUCCUAUAAACUAAAUUAAUUAUAUUUAGAGUAAUAUUUUUUAAUCUUUUAUUCACCAUUUACACAUCCUGAAUUGCCUCCUCACCAAUAAUUUUUUUUAAUUGUGACAAAAUCCUUCCAGUUCCUAUAAAGUGCUCUAAUUGUUCUGAAUUAUUAAAAUUGAGUUAAAUUGUAAAAUAUUAUGUUAAGUAACUGUGAAUUAAUUGGAAAGUAGGAAUUUAGUGGAAGGUUUAUGAAUUGGUGUGUAUGAUGUCGGACGGAGUAUAUCCAGUGAUAAAAUUGCCUGAUAAUUGUAAACAUGUUUCGUACAUAAAAUCGAAGAUCAUAAACGAACUGCUAAAGCUGAGCCACUUUGACGUGGUUGAUAACGACAGGAACAAAUGUUUUGUUCCGGGCUGUCAGGGCUCCGACGUUAACCAGUUGAAGUCGUUUGCCCUCAUGGGAUACCCUCCACUUAGAACUUAUUACUCAAUUAAUUACAUUGGACUCGGUCUUUAUCCUCUUAAAAACAUUGAUAUUGACGACUGGUACACGGCUUAUAUUCCGAUUAAUUUGAAUCAUUUUUCUGAUAAUUUCUCAAUUAAACAUUUUCUAGUUAAGAUUAUUCGGAGCCCUCGCCUUUCCGAUGAUGAUUUUUCACAACUUCGUAAUCAUAUAAACGGGGCCUCGGAUCCGCAAUCAUCCGUGACAAAACAAUCAGACCCCUCUCAUCCUGACCCAAAUAUCUCUAACACCAUAGGUGAAGGAUUGAUGGUAACACCGUCAUGUAUGUAUGCCACAAAGCAGGAAAUAUCUAGCAUACUAACUUUUGAGGAAUUGGACGUAAAGUUACAAAUUUUAAUACAAAUUAAGGCCAAACCUGGAUCUUAUACUGUCUCGCCUAAUUCAAUCAAACUAAACGACAAUUUUGAUUCUUGCUUUCCUAAUUCCGAAAUAGAAUGGUAUGUAAAGAAUGUUGACGAUAUAAUUGCUGAGCGUUUGUUGUUUAAAAUUCAUCCAGUUAAGUCUAAUAAUAAUACUGGUAACAAACAUAAGCAAACUGACUCCUCUACGUCUAGUACUAAUGACUCUAACACAAAUAAUACUAUGGACAGUGAUAAGAAUAUUCAAACAGUGAUGUUAUUAGCUGAGAAUGAAGAAAUAGGAUUAGAGUUAAGUAAAGAAGUUGGGUUUAAUGACCUUAAGGAUUUGUACAGACUUGACAGUGCAGCUGAUGCUCUUUUUUACUGGGACGAAUCGCUGAUUCUAAAGCUUAAGUGGACUGAGAAACAGAACAAGCUUCUGUAUUACCUGAAGACCUUGAUUAGCGGGAAGAGUAUUGAAUGGGACAAGGACUUGAAGGUUUGGAAGGUUUCCACAAAGUUCCUGUUUGAAACCGUGAAGUUCUGUGUUUUUCUGGGUCUUAAAGUGGAGAGUAGAGUAUUGUUUGACCUCUGGAAGUGGUUGGUUGGUGCGGGAGUUUCCACUCCUUCUGAAUUUGACGCGAGGAUAUUUACUAAAUGGUUGUUUGAUUAUGGUGUUUUUUCGUUUCUCCGGGUGGUGGUUGACUUUACCAAAGAACCUUUGACUGCCUCAAUUUUACCCUACAACAAGGGCCUGAUAACAGCCUUUAAGGAAAGUGUAAUUCAAAAUUAUGUUUGGGACAAAGAACUCAGCUCCUGGAGGUUUAAUAGUGUCCCUGACCUCAUCCGAGACCUAUUAUCAGUUAAUCCCGCGUUUAGAGAAAGCAACUCCUCAGAACGCCAAUUUAUGGAAUUAAAAGGCUUUUAUAUCUACUCCAUCAAAGAACAAUUACAACAGUCCAGUAAACCAAACAUCAACAAAACACAACAUUACAUCAAACAGAAAAAUGGUAUAUUAAAAAGGAAGAGGAGGGAAUAUGAAGAAGACGAAGAGUUUGUAACGAAGAUAAUGAUAACGGUUGCUGGGAAUGAUGAUCACUUACAACGCCUUAUCAAUAAAGUUAAAUCAGUUGUUGAGAAGGUGUCACCUCCUUUGAGUAGUAUAUCAUCUAGUGGGAAGAUAGUGAUGGGAGGAGCUGGCACCGGAGGAAUUGAGUUUCUCCAGGUACCAACUGAUCUCGACACCUGGAACCAAGUAUCCAUGUGCGUCGUGCCAAAUGAAGAAAACAAACAAAUUCCAAUUAAUAAAUAUGACCAUAACUUAAUGGCGAGCUUAAUCGGGGAUGUGUUUAUAGUUAAAGAAUCUGCAAUCGACUACCUUUUGGACAAUUUUAAAACUUGGCCUGGACCACAUGAUUCAAUCAAUUAUACCAAAUGGAGCCAUAUUAUUAAUAUAAGUGAACCUAGAUGUUGGGGAGGUGUGGAUUUUGAUGGUAGGCAAAGCUUAGCACAGACCGGUUUAUUUGAUAAUGAAGAUUUUUAUAUUUCGGGCACAAAUAAUGAUUCAACUUUUGUUAGGAUGCUGAUAUUGUUAGGAUGCGGUAAUAUAGUAACAAAUCCUAAAGAUGCAGAGUAUGUGAUUAUCACUGAUAAAGACUCCAACGAAGCAAAGGACCUGUUUCAAAAGUUUGGAAAUAAUGAUGAAGAUUUGAUAUCAAUAACACAUGGCGCAAGACACUCUACAUUAGUCACUCCGAAAUACAUUUAUGAUUGUAUUCUGGAGUGGAAACUUAAAAGACCAACCCACUCCCUCGGUCAUAUGGCAUUCUAAUAUAUUAUCGUAAUAUUUACUCAUUAACCAAUAAUUAAAUAAACCAAUUAACCGUUAAAUACCCUAGUUGAUUCUAAUUGAGUACUAAUUAAUACUAAAAUAGUACCAAAAUAAAGAAUACGGUACAAGUGAAGAUCUAAAAAGAAACGAGAGAUCUAAAUAAGAUUUAAUUUCCCUACUUAAAACA